GCAAUUCACAAACCGUCACUUCCCGCCAAAGUUCUAUUCGAAUAAAAGAAACGUUCUUGUAGAGGAAAACAUUAUAAAUAAAGAUUACACAGUUCUAUUCAAUAGAUUUAUUCGCAUUUCAAGAACCUAAAACAAAGAUUUUUUUUAGAUCUAUCAUAAACCUAAAAGGACAGGUAGUAUUAAAAGAAAAUGUCUUCAACAUCACAAAAACAUAGAAAUUUUGUAGCGGAGCCGAUGGGUGAAAAAUCAGUCACCGAAUUGUCAGGAAUUGGGGACACAUUGGGUAAAAGAUUAUCAGAUGAUGGCUUUGAUAAGGCCUAUGUUGUGUUGGGUCAGUUUUUGUUACUCAAGAAAGAUGAAGAUUUAUUUAAAGCUUGGUUAAAAGAUUCAUGUGGUGCCAAUGCUAAACAACAGAAAGAUUGCCACACAUGUUUAAAAGAAUGGUGUGAUAGCUUUUUAUAAAGUGCUCUGUAUCUUUCUAUCUUUAAAACAUAUAUGUAAUGUCAAACAUAAUAUUUAGAGGCCAUUGUUACGCGAUUUUUAUCUAGUUUUGUAAUAAGUAUAUCUUCAAAACAACUUGAGGCAAAUUAAAAAAAAACAACACCACUGAGUUUUGCUUUGUUGGUGGCAUAUCCAUUACGAAAAUAAUUUUAUCGCCUUUUUGGAAGGUCAAAGCCUUUUGAGUUGGGUCUAAAUAUAAUUUCUAAGAUAAUGAUCGAACAUUAAUUCCAAGCCUUUUUUUUCUUGUUUGACACAAUAGAUUUAAAAAUAUACUUACGACAAGAUCUUAGUUUCAUAACAUGGCCUCUAUUUAAGGGACAGAUUUCAUUCUAGGUAGUUUUAAAUUUUGUGAUGUCUAAGUUUUGUGUAAAUAUUUAUUACAAAAUGUAUAUAUUUUAUAAACACAUUUUUACUUCACAUGCCACUGUUAUCAUUUGACUGCUUUUAAUGUCUUUGAAUCUGCUUGUGAAUUUGAUAGAUUUGAGCCUUUUCUUCUCGUCAUAAAGUUUCUUAAAGUUUCCAACUGUUCACUGUGUUUAGGAAACUUCAUUGCUUGUAAGUUAUUUCACUUGUGAACAAAUUAUUAGGACAAUGGAAUUGUAUUGUAUUGGUUAAAAUUUUUAAUAUUUGAAAGAUUAGUAUAAGAAAUUGUUAUUUCACUCAUUGAAUUGAUAGUUAUUAUAAAAUACUCUUAUGUAUUUCUUUAUCAUUCUUGUUUUUUAUUUUUGAGUUGUGGAGCGAGUUGGAAAUUGAGAGAGUAUUCCUAUCACUUUAAAGGUAAUUUUCGGGGGUUGAUUUGUGUCUUCUAAAUUUGUAAAUAGUCAUCAGAAGUACAAGAACUGCAUUAUAAAUGCAUAAUUCCUUGAAAAAUACAUAAAACAAGGAAUUUCUAUUAUAUGUGGCAGAGUCUCAAGAAUAAGUCGUAAUUUUCAAAUGCGGAUAAUUCUUGACACACGAGAACCAGAAUUGACUGUCAAUUAUGUUUUGGAUUAGAGAAAAAAUGUUCUACUGGAUCUUGGGUCCUUAAAAUAAUUAAAAACAGCCUAGGGCUGGGCGAUAAUGAUUCAAGUUGAUAUCACAAUAUUGAAAUAUAUUUAAGUAUGCUUUUAACUGGUUUUUGAAUCAAAAUUAUGAUCUUGAAACUUUAAGUUCAGCAUAAAAAUAAAUAAUUAUCUCCCAGUUUUAAACAUCAUGAAUAAAACAUUUCAAAUAUUAAGUUACUUGUUAAAUUGUUGCAAGUUAAAUUGUGUAGAUGAUGUUAUCUGAAUACAAAUAUAUAUCAUA